CCACAUUCUAGUCAUUCCAGUGUCACAGACGCAGAAACUCGUGCCUUCCGACCAACUAGCAAAGUUGCACACACACCUGUCCAGGAACGAUCUGAGACGAAUGGUGACCGACCGAGUGUAGAACGUGCGAACUCCGGUGAAGUGAAAGAUACACCAAGCGCUCUGAAUACCGCAGCCGGCUCUACGACACCUUGCAAAUUGUCGAAUGCCUCACCGACUCACACUCAGGGCCAACGUUAG